AUGAGCAGGAAAGAGAAUACCCUGAAGCACUUGCGCUUUGGCUUAUAUCGUACAUCAACAAGAACUAUUCUUUAUGGGUUCAGCUUACUUAGUGCAAAUAAUUCAGCAAACAGUAAUGAUGGUGAUGCAGUCCUGUUGAACGUUCGCUUUAUUCCAAGCACUGAAAAUCUCCACUCGGAAUUUUGCAAAGUUCCUAAACUAACUGAUGAAGAUUUGCCAACAACCAUUAAUCAAGGAAGUUCAACUAAUCAGCAUUCGGUUAUCAAAGACAAUAUACAAAUAAAAGACGGUGAAAGCAUUCAAGGACAAUCUGUUAUGAUUCAGUCGAAUUCUUAUAAUUUUAACUCACUUCACAUUGAUAUUGAUAAUUAUUUGCUCGCAGUACGUGCAGCAGUCACUGGUGAUGCACUCCAUUUGUUAUACCUGACCAAUGUUUUGAAAGUGUCUGUUAAUGCAGCGAAUUUGCAAGGAAUGACUUUACUUCACUGGGCUACUGCAAAUGAUCACGUCGAUAUUGUUCAACUAUUAUUGAGUCUUGGCGCCAAUUCCCGACUUAUUACCAAAAAAGGUCGUUCUGUACUCCACACCGCUACUUAUAAUGAUGCCGCACGUUGCUUAAAACUGUUUCUAAAAAUUUUUUUUGAACAAGAAAAGAUGUUUAGUAUGAAGAACAGUUAUGGAAUGUCAUACAAAUUUAUAUUGCAGCGUGACUUUAACGGCGAUAAUUUAUUGCAUUUGGCAUGCAGACUGCGCAAAAAACGUUGUUUAAAAAUUAUAAUAAGUUUCAUCAUAAAAUAUUUGGGAUGGAUACUAGUGGAAGAGAUGCUGCAACAGUGCAAUCAAGACAAUCAAACACCAGUACAUGUGGCGUGUCUUUGGAAUAGUGUAGAAGCUGCAACUUUGUUACUUACUGAUAAUCUUAAUAAAAUCGUUCGCAAAGUCUAUAAUUCCGUGAAAGGAUCUGUCGCUGUAGUUGCUCUUAAAAUGGCAUCAAAACGAACGCUGUUCUGGCGAAUUGAACGAGGCACAGUGCUGCACGAAAUGGCGACAAUGAAGUGCGGUUUUGCUUGUUUCACUAAAAAUUCUUCAUCUUUAUUGGAAUAUGAUAAUAAACUGGCAGCAUGUACGAUGACUGAAAUUUUCGAAAAAAGAUGUCCUGAAUGUGAAAAAGCACGGUUGGAGGUAAUUAAGAUAAUUAUGAGGUGCUGUCCUGAGCUUGUCCUCUUGCGAGAUGUGUUUGGACAAACAGCGUUGAUGUGUUCAGUAAUCAGUGAUGCAGUUUCACUUACUAAAGCUCUUUUGGUUUAUAAAGGUGGAAGAAAGCAAUGGUUAAGUAAGCAAUUGAAGUCUGUAGAUCCGGAUUUUCGCACAGCACUGCAUCAUGCAGCGGCGGGAGGUAGAGUGCUUCAAGUGGUGCUACUUUUGGAAUGUGGUGCGACAGUAAAAGGACAAGACAGUUAUGGUGCAACUCCGAUGCACUAUGCUGCUGUCCGUGGAUUCUGUGCUACACUUAAGCUCUUGUAUAAAGCUAAUAAAUAUGCUGAUGAAAUCCGUACAAAUGAUGGUCACAGCGCAUUUAUGUGGGCAGCAAAGCAUGGUGUCAGUAUCUCGAUACAUACUAUGAUCGACGCAAAUCCAGUAGUAAAUCAGGAGGACUGUGACAGUUAUGGUUGCACUGCACUUCAUUUAGCUGCAGCAGGCGACCAUGUUGAGGUCAUCAACACGUUACUCUUGCUUAAAUGGAAUGCUGAGAAGCGAAACAAACUUGGUGAGACUCCUCUUGCAGUAGCGGCAAAAAAUGGUAGUGCAGGAGCUGUACUAUGUUUUCUUCACGCUGGUGUUGACUUCUUCAGUCAAGACAAGUUCAACAACACAGUUCUUCAUAUGGCGGCAAAUUCAGAUAGCAAGAAGGAAACCCUCCAUCAGCUUCUUCAUUAUCUAAAGGAUUCAUCUUUGUUAAACAUGCGAAAUAAUAUGGGCCAAACUCCACUACAUUGCGCUACUGAACAUAAUGCCCUGCAAUGCGUACGAUAUUUGUUAGAAUGUGGGGCAGAUCCUCUGAUAAGGGAUAAUCGUGGAUGGGAUCCUCUAAUGGUUGCAGUACGACAAGGUUGCUGGUCUACAAUCAUUUUAAUGUUGAAGAAUUCAUCAAAUAUCAAUUGCUAUUCGGCUGCUGACAAUCAAACAACGUUAUCACUAGCUCUAGAAAGGAAAAACUAUAUUCUCGCCUCAUUUUUAGAAAAAAAUGGCGCACUGUUGGCUAGUGAAAUACAGGAUACGGCUGCACGAAUAAUUCAACGUUGGUAUCGCGGCCGAGUCACCUCUCGAUGUCACCGACAUUCAACACAAACACACACACUUGAUGGAAUCGCCUUUUCUUCAUUAUCACAAUAA